CAAUUAUGGAAUACCAUUCAUUUAGCUUUUGAAGGUAAAAAACUAUGCAAUAAUCUUAUCCUCUACCUCAUUUGUCAACCAAAAUUGCGUAAAUGUUGAAAGAAUAUCAACAGAUCCAAUGAAACCGAUAUUGUAUAAUUCUGUUUAUGGUUCAUUCAGAUUUUUGUCUAAAAGCUGGUAAACACUUGGACGAAAAUAUGCAUACUGUUGAUCAAUAUUUAUCGUUUGAACAAACUUUUAAAUGGAAAUUAAUUAUAUUUAUUCACCUCAUUUACACAUCAUCAUGCUAUUCAUCGAAUUCCAUUACAAUGAAACGUCCAUCAACAGAUUCUUUUCAUCCAUUACCUGAGAAAUAUAUUGACUUAUUAAGUCCAAUCAAGGUUGAUCAUGAUUAUCUUCACUUCAAUCCAGGCACAACAUCUGGCACAGAUUGUAAUCAAUGGGAAAACCGGACCUUACAAACUUCCAGUCCUACUGAAACACUGCAAUUGGACCACAAUGGCCAAAAUGAUAUAUCUUUGUCCCACACACCAUUAUUGCCAGUCAGCUUUUUGGUUGAAAUGAUACCAUAUCCAAGAUCAUAUCCUGGACGAUCAUUUUUCUUCAGUCGUCUAGAUAACUUGAAUCGUAUACGUUUGGCUAUCGGAUUAAACCAAUGGGGUAAAACUGGUGAAUCUAUGGAAUUAUGGAUACAUCAUGAAUUAUUUUAUAGUCUGGAACCAACUCCAAAAAUUUCCACGUAUUAUAUUGGGUCAGGUUUAGUAAAUCAUGCCGGUCUUGUAAUAGUACCUUUACCGAAUUAUCAGUUCAAUACUAACAAACUUAUUACAUUAAUUAUUGAAAUUACAAACGCCAGUGUUAAAGUGUACAAAAACUGUAAGUUAUACCAUAAACCUCUAUUUAGUAUUAAUUAUCGACAAAAUAUAAAAUACCAUCAUUUACAUGGAGAUAGAUUUGAAAAUAAAUCAAAAGAAUUAUCGAGAAUGGAUAAAUUCUAUACUCUGUCAGGAGGACCAUAUCAUGGUGACAAAUUUCUGGGUCUUAUGAAACGAAUGAAAAUGUUUUUUACUGAAUAUGGAGCUCGAAAAUAUUGUUCCGAUGAUAGUAAUUUCAAACUAUGCAAAAGUAGUUUAAAUGAACAACAUAUCCGAAAAGAAUGGCAGAAAUUAAAUCCAUUUAACCAGUCAAAUCAUACAGUUCAAUUAAACAAUAAUGAACAGAUCAGUGGUAAAAUCAAUCAACAAUUAAACAAUAAUAUCUAUAAUAGAACAAAACAAUCAUUUAACAAUAACAGUGAUGUAACCGUAAAAACUCGAAUGAAAUCAAAUAAAUGUAAUCAAAAUAUUCAUGAAGAUAAUUGUACUAAAUUAAAUUUGAAUAAGUCGGUGAAUAAUGUACCAGGUGGAAGACCAGCACUGACAGAGGUAGUUGGAGCUGAAGGAGAUGUGAGUGGAGACGCUUCGACAGGCACCCAUUCGGUCAGUCACAUGGAUCGUGUCGAUUCCGGAGAGGAGAAUGUUCUCGGAACACAGGUACCAGGUGGAAGACCAGCACUGACAGAGGUAGUUGGAGCUGAAGGAGAUGUGAGUGGAGACGCUUCGACAGGCACCCAUUCGGUCAGUCACAUGGAUCGUGUCGAUUCCGGAGAGGAGAAUGUUCUCGGAACACAGGUACCAGGUGGAAGACCAGCACUGACAGAGGUAGUUGGAGCUGAAGGAGAUGUGAGUGGAGACGCUUCGACAGGCACCCAUUCGGUCAGUCACAUGGAUCGUGUCGAUUCCGGAGAGGAGAAUGUUCUCGGAACACAGGUACCAGGUGGAAGACCAGCACUGACAGAGGUAGUUGGAGCUGAAGGAGAUGUGAGUGGAGACGCUUCGACAGGCACCCAUUCGGUCAGUCACAUGGAUCGUGUCGAUUCCGGAGAGGAGAAUGUUCUCGGAACACAGGUGUCAAGUGAACAACCAGCAUCGACGAGUGAACGUCAGACCGGAGACAAUGAGACCAGAGACACUUCAGGAGACUCUGACUCCAUCAGUCACAUGGGUGUUGGUGUUGGUGUUGGUGUUGGUGUCGGUGCCAGUGAGGAGAAUCUUCUCGACACACAGGUGUCAAGUGAACAACCAGCAUCGACGAGUGAACGUCAGACCGGAGACAAUGAGACCAGAGACACUUCAGGAGACUCUGACUCCAUCAGUCACAUGGGUGUUGGUGUUGGUGUUGGUGUUGGUGUCGGUGCCAGUGAGGAGAAUCUUCUCGACACACAGGUGUCAAGUGAACAACCAGCAUCGACGAGUGAACGUCAGACCGGAGACAAUGAGACCAGAGACACUUCAGGAGACUCUGACUCCAUCAGUCACAUGGGUGUUGGUGUUGGUGUUGGUGUUGGUGUCGGUGCCAGUGAGGAGAAUCUUCUCGACACACAGGUGUCAAGUGAACAACCAGCAUCGACGAGUGAACGUCAGACCGGAGACAAUGAGACCAGAGACACUUCAGGAGACUCUGACUCCAUCAGUCACAUGGGUGUUGGUGUUGGUGUUGGUGUUGGUGUCGGUGCCAGUGAGGAGAAUCUUCUCGACACACAGGUGUCAAGUGAACAACCAGCAUCGACGAGUGAACGUCAGACCGGAGACAAUGAGACCAGAGACACUUCAGGAGACUCUGACUCCAUCAGUCACAUGGGUGUUGGUGUUGGUGUUGGUGUUGGUGUCGGUGCCAGUGAGGAGAAUCUUCUCGACACACAGGUGUCAAGUGAACAACCAGCAUCGACGAGUGAACGUCAGACCGGAGACAAUGAGACCAGAGACACUUCAGGAGACUCUGACUCCAUCAGUCACAUGGGUGUUGGUGUUGGUGUUGGUGUUGGUGUCGGUGCCAGUGAGGAGAAUCUUCUCGACACACAGGUGUCAAGUGAACAACCAGCAUCGACGAGUGAACGUCAGACCGGAGACAAUGAGACCAGAGACACUUCAGGAGACUCUGACUCCAUCAGUCACAUGGGUGUUGGUGUUGGUGUUGGUGUUGGUGUCGGUGCCAGUGAGGAGAAUCUUCUCGACACACAGAUUUAUAAACCAACGGAUGAAAUGGAUCAGACAUCUGAUGACUUGUACGUGGGACUGGUUAAACAUAAAGUAGAAAAACAGUCUCAGGAUAGAAAUGCAACGUAUAUAACAUUUGAAGAAGUCUCAGGAACUUAUCGAAUGAAUAGAAGAGCUUAUUAUAAUUAUACCAUAAAUUCUCCAUUCGACGAAGUCAUAGUCCAUAUUGGACAGAAAGGAGACAUUGGACCACAGGGUCCAGCUGGUCCAGUGGGCUCUACGGGUUAUUGUCCAGAAACAAUAUGUCCAUCAAUUGAUAUGAGUUCAUUGAAAGGUGUUCAAGGUGAGACUGGAUCAAGUGAAUGGUGUAAUAGAUCAUGUAAAACUAUUGAUGGAAUUAUUGGAUUAAAAGGAAUAAAGGGUCUGAAAGGUGAUAUCGGAGAUACUCUAAUAUUAUCAUUUUCAAAAGCCUUACAACUAAUUAAAUACACUAUAAACAUUACAUCAUCAAAUUAUUUUCCCAAAGGUCAAAAAGGAGAUAAAGGUGAAGUGACUGAGAGAAAAUUCGUUCAGAGAAGAAUAUCUUCACAGAAUAAUAGAAAUUUUCAUCGACGCAAACGGGGACAACAACAAGAUUAUGACCAUUUAACUUCUCGAAUUCAUCCUUUACAAGAAAAUAAAAAACAUGUAAAACAUCCUUUGAAUCAAUCAACACAUGAUUCAAGUAUCUUAUUCACUGGAUCAAAUUUCGCAAAUUUAGAAAAGCAAAACAUUUUAGGUGUUAAAAUACUUCAUAAUCCUAAUGAAUUCAAAACUAUUGGUUCAGUUCUACCAGUUGGUGCAUUAGUUGUUACUGAAUUCUUCAAUUAUGAAGUAUUAUCAUUUGCAAAUGAUAAUCAAUCAUCUAAAUGGGAUUUAAAUAAAAAUUUUCAAUUGGAUCAACUUAGUUCAUUGGGUUUAUUUAUGAAAAUUGAAAAUAUUCAUAAUACAUGGAAAAGAAUACAUGUUAAAUUCGGACAAGAAGUAACAUUUGGUCAACAUGAUCCUAAUUUACAAAUCUACAACAGUUCAUCUUCCAAAGAACCUUCAUCUAAAACUUAUACCCCUAGAUAUAGAGAAAAAAUAGUAUUUGCAUUUCAUCCUGUUCCUUUGACUGGAGGAUCAUUUUCAGGAUGGCAUGGAGCCAAUACGAAAUGUCAUGAAACUGCUCUUCAUCAUCUUGGAAUACCUGGUUUUAAAGUACUUCUCGUAGACAGAAAUUUUCCAAUAGAACGUCUUAUCAAAUGGCAAUAUCAACAUGUACCUAUUAUAAAUCUAGGUAGUCAAACUGUAUUUUCGAAAUGGAGAGAUUUCCUGUAUGGUAUUCGUUCGAAUAUAAACGUACCACUGUACGAUUUAUAUGGUAUGCCUGAUUUACAACUUCAUUCUAAAAACUUCUGGCUUGGAGGUGGUAUUACUUUUGGAUGUGAUGGAUGGACAACAAAUUCAUCAACAAAAUUUGGUCUUACAUGGUCAUUUGAUCAUAGAAUAGGUCAAGUGAAAAUCAACUAUGCAAAAUGUGAUUCAAACAAUUAUUUAAUGUGUUAUAAACUUGUGAAAUCUACAUUAGCUUAGUGCUUUAGCUUACCAAUAAUAUUUAUGAUUAUUAUUUUAUUAAAAUAUAAACACAUCUACUAGAAUUACUUAAUUUAAUCAACCAGUUAAUUUUUCAUGUAAAGUAAAUGGAAGCUGAAAUUGUCUUACUUUCAAGAUUUUGAAACAAAAAAU